GCGGAGCCGACUUGCAGCCUGCGUCCCGGCCCGUGCCGCUGCCGCCGCGAUGCCGCUGGAGAACCUGGAGGAGGAGGGCCUGCCCAAGAACCCCGACCUGCGCAUCGCCCAGCUGCGCUUCCUGCUCAGCCUGCCCGAACACCGUCGGGAUGCGGCCGUGCGCGAGGAGCUGAUGGCGGCCGUGCGCGACAACAACAUGGCUCCCUACUACGAGGCCCUGUGCAAGUCGCUGGACUGGCAGGUGGACGCCGAGCUGCUGAGUAAGAUGAAGAAGGCGAACGAAGACGAGCUGAAGCGCCUGGACGAGGAGCUGGAGGACGCCGAGAAGAACCUGGGGGAGAGCGAGAUCCGCGACGCCAUGAUGGCCAAGGCCGAGUACCUGUGCCGCAUCGGGGACAAGGAGGGAGCUCUGACAGCCUUCCGGAAGACAUACGACAAAACCGUGGCUCUGGGUCACCGGCUGGACAUCGUGUUCUACCUCCUCCGGAUUGGCCUGUUUUAUAUGGACAAUGAUCUCAUCACACGGAACACGGAGAAGGCCAAAAGCUUAAUUGAAGAAGGAGGAGACUGGGACAGGAGGAAUCGCCUGAAAGUGUACCAGGGGCUUUACUGUGUGGCCAUUCGUGACUUUAAGCAGGCAGCUGAACUCUUUCUCGACACUGUGUCAACAUUCACAUCCUAUGAACUCAUGGAUUAUAAAACGUUUGUGACCUACACUGUCUACGUCAGCAUGAUUGCUUUAGAAAGACCCGAUCUCCGGGAGAAGGUCAUCAAGGGCGCCGAGAUCCUGGAAGUGCUGCACAGUCUUCCAGCAGUGCGGCAAUACCUGUUCUCGCUCUAUGAGUGUCGUUACUCGGUUUUCUUCCAGUCUUUAGCCAUUGUAGAACAGGAAAUGAAAAAGGACUGGCUUUUUGCUCCUCAUUAUCGAUACUAUGUGAGAGAAAUGAGAAUCCAUGCAUACAGCCAACUGCUAGAGUCGUACAGGUCAUUAACCCUUGGCUACAUGGCAGAAGCCUUCGGUGUUGGAGUGGAAUUCAUUGACCAGGAACUCUCCAGAUUCAUUGCUGCUGGGAGACUACACUGCAAAAUAGAUAAAGUGAAUGAAAUAGUAGAAACUAACAGACCUGAUAGCAAGAACUGGCAAUACCAAGAAACAAUCAAGAAAGGAGAUCUGCUGCUAAACAGAGUUCAGAAACUUUCCCGAGUCAUCAACAUGUAACAGAGGGUUACCUGUGAAGAUGCUUUGGGAUUGUUAUAGCUUCACCCUGUAUGCAGUUCAGCUAUGUAAAAUAAGUUGUUUAAAAGGAAACAAAGUAAACAGUCUGAUAAUGCUAAAAUAAUGCCUUUGAUUGUUCAUUAGUAAAAAUGUUUUGUCACUUCGGGUUCAGA